CUUGGUGCUGCGGGCGAAAGUAGUGAGGAAACAACGAUGGGAAAGGGCCCAGAAAACUUAUCAACCUCCCGGCAUGAGAAAAAUGAAGCAGCCAUUCUUGGGGUUGCAGGCUACGCACAGGCGAUUACAGACAUUCUAACUUCGCUAGGACUUCCUCUCACCCUCGAGAGACAAUCGCUGCUCGAACACACGCUCUCUCUCCAGGAGCAGCUCAAUUCCUCUAACGCAUCUCUCCUCUCGGAGCAAGAACGAGCAGAUGCCGCAGUGCAAGAGGCCGAGACGCUCAAGUCGUCGUGGACAUGUAGGAUAUGCCUGAACUCCGAAGUGAAUUCCCUCCUCGUCCCCUGCGGCCAUGUCCUGUGCCAUAGCUGCUGCUCCUCGCUCUCAAGGUGCCCGUUUUGCCGCCAGUUUGUCACCUCCAUCCACCGAAUGUUUCGACCAUAGCUCAUCAGUCUCGUCGCGAUUGGAGACUCCAGCUUGGCCCGAGAAUAGUGCACACGAAAGCUCAAAGUCACAGUCCGUGAGCACCUUUUUUUUCUUUCCGGCUGUCUUGAAACUGCCUUGACAGUUAGUCGUUAGGUUUCAUGGCCGCAUGACAGUCCCAGCAUCAUCUUCAUGGAUUCGUUGGAUCUGGCGAUUGAUCGUGAUCCUGGCCGAGAGAAAGGCACCUCCAUCCGUGCUUGACGAGAGCAAAAACUAUCGACUGCGAUGGCGCAAAUGUUCUACAACCAGCUGGGAAGCACAGGCCUCAAGGUGAGCGCUCUUGGCUAUGGAUCCUGGGUGAGCUUUGGGAAUCAAAUGGAGACCAAGGAAGCCAAGGUGCUCAUGGCCAAGGCCCGAGAGUUUGGCAUCAACUUCUUCGACAGCGCCGAGGUGUACGCCAAUGGCCGGGCCGAAGAAAUCAUCGGGGAAGUUGUCAAGGAACUUGGGUGGCGGAGAUCAGACCUGGUGAUCACCACCAAAGUUUUCUGGGGAGGAGCCGGUCCCAACGACAAGGGUCUCUCGCGGAAGCACAUAAUCGAGGGGACCAAAGGCUGCUUGGAGAGGCUCCAGAUGGACUACGUGGAUAUCAUGCUGUGUCACAGGCCGGAUACCUCCACUCCGAUCGAGGAGACAGUGAGAGCUAUGAACUACAUUGUGGACAAUGGCUGGGCCUUGUACUGGGGGACGAGCGAGUGGAGUGCUCAGCAGAUCACCGAGUGCUGGGAGAUUGCCAGGAGGCUGGGGAUGAUGGGGCCGAUGGUGGAGGAGCCCGAGUAUAAUCUUCUCGCGAGAGAAAAGGUGGAGGUGGAGUUUCUUCCGUUGUACCAAAACUAUGGUUUGGGAGUCGCGACUUGGAGUCCAUUAGCAUCGGGGGUCUUGACGGGGAAGUAUAGCAAAGGAGUGAUCCCAGCGGACAGCCGGUUUGCUCUCGACAACUACAGUAACUUGGCGAGUCGAUCUUUGCUUCCAGACGUCUUGGGCCGAGUUGACAACUUGAAACCCAUCGCCAGAGAGCUGGGGAUCUCACUGGCGCAGCUGGGGAUAGCGUGGUGUGCCUCGAAUCCAAACGUGAGCACUGUGAUCACUGGAGCUACGAAAGAAAGCCAGCUCGUGGAGAAUGUCAAGGCGCUGGAGGUGAUCCAGAAGCUAACUCCGGAGCUCAUGGACAGAAUCGAGUCGACCAUUUUGAGCAAGCCAAAGAAACCCGAGGUGUUUAGAUAGAACAGGCUUAUAUAUAAUACCUAUCCUUUUCUUCGUUA